AUGGAUAUGUUGGAUGAUGAAGAUGACCAAAGCUUUCACGCUACGCGUGACGGCUACUCCCAUUUGAGCGAUGUCGAAUGGGAUGCGGUUGAACGAAUGGGUUCAACCAUGGGCAUCCAUGCUGUUAGCGUCAUGCUAGAGGCUCUCAAUAAAGAUGCCCAACAUGCUACUAUCGCCAAGUUCAUUCAAAAUGAACUUGACGCCGAACGCGAGAAAGUAGCCUUGCUUCACCAACAAGGUUCUCAACAAGCAGAGUUGUUGAGAGAACAGAGUGCUCAACAGUUUGAACUGUUGAGACAGCAGCAGGCUGCUGCUGGUGGGUCGAUGCACUAG